AUGGAUUCUUACGAAGGUUACGGAUCUCCCGGAAGGGCCCGCGAGCCGGAUUCCUUCUCGGGGCGAACUCCCGCCGAACCAUACAGACGCCGAUCGCCUGUCUCUCAGGACCGUCGACGUGCGCGCCCGCGCUCUCGCUCACCCGUGAUUGACCGCUACGAGCCUUCUGACCGCCGCCCUCACCGAGAGGAUCACUACAACAACUCUCGGGAACACGCUGCCCGCGAGCGUGAGGAUCGCCGACGUGCUCCCUCUCCUACAGUAGCCAACAUCGAUCGCUAUGUGCCCGGACAAGAUUUGAGCGGUGGCAAGCGUCCCCUUCCUACCAACCCGCUCCCCAAUCCGCUCUCGCUAGAUUUCCAAGUCGGUUUCAAUUGGUUCGCCGAGUGGUGGAGAUUCGAGCAAAACGUGAAUGAAGAAAAGGAGCGCGCCAAGAAUGGCGGUCGCCGAGUCAAGGGUGAACGCGAAGCGCGUGAAGAUCGCGACAAGGAGCGAGCCCAAAUCCAGGCUGCUUAUGACACCUACAAGGUGGAUCUGCAGAUUCGACUGGCCAGACUGUUUGUGCAGCAGCACCGCAACGAAGAAUGGUUCAAAGAACGCUAUGUCCCUGAGAUCAGGGAUCCUAUUCGCAGCCGCCUCAUCGCUGUCCGCCAGGGCGCGUAUGAACAAUGGCAGCAUGACAUUGAUAACCAUGUCUUCAGGGAGUUUACCCUUGAAGGCAUCUACAAGGGCGACAGCGACGGUGCCGGUGGCAUGGUCGAAAAGGAAGAAGGCGAGACUACAGCCGCUGCUGAAACCAUGGGCGUGCUUGACCUUCUCCCGGUCCGUGGCGGGGACCUUCGUGAUGAAGCCCUCUCUCAGCCUGCCCUUCUAAUCAAGACACUUGCACCAAACGUCAGCCGCAGCAAGAUUGAGGAAUUUUGCCGCGAGCAUCUCGGCGAGGACAGUGGAGGUUUCAAGGGGCUCAGCCUCAGUGAUCCGAACCCAUCCAAAAAGUUUCACCGCAUGGGAUGGAUUAUGCUGCACCCCUCUGCAGACACAGUAAUUGAAAGGGGAGAUGGACGCGACGAAGAAUACGAUCAAGAACACGAAGGAGGUGCCAAUGGAGCAGUCACAGUCAACGCGGCUGAAAGGGCCUUGGAAGCGGUCAACGACAAGACAAUCCAUGACGCAGUCCACGGUGACUUCGUUUGCCACGUGGGAGUUCACGCUCCUCCUGCUCAGCCACGCAAGAAGGCUUUAUGGGAUUUGUUCUCCUCACCCGAGCGAAUUGAUCGUGACCUCGAGCUGGCCAAGCGCUUAGCCUCUAAGUUGGACUCUGAGAUGGGUGACCACGUGGACGGGGUUGCCAAGAUUGAGGAAUAUGUCGACGAUUUGCGCGGCAAAGGCGAACUCCAACCAUCUGCCAUGGGACCGGUCAGCACCAAGAAGCAGAAGAACGGUUACUCAGACGAUGACGAUGAAGGAGAGAUUGAAGAGGGUGAGGAGAAGGAACCAGUUGAGGAAGAGGACGUGGAUGAUGAGGAUCUUGCGGUGAAGAAAAAGAAGUUGGAUCUCAUUGUUGAAUACCUCCGUCGGGUUUACAACUUCUGCUUCUUCUGUGUCUUUGAAAGUGAUUCUGUCCAUGAGCUUGGUCGCAAGUGCCCCGGCGGACAUCUUCGUCGCCCACGUACUGGCCUUUCCAGCCAGGCCAAGGAAGUUGCCCGAGCCAGCGCUCUUGGCUACCCGUUCCCAUCCAAGAAGAAGGAACCCAGCGAGGAAGGGGAAGAUCCUUCAUCGCCUGUCCAGGAGAAGCGUGGUGGCCAGCGUCAUGGUUCCAAGUCAGAGCAGCAAAUGCAGCGUGCUUUCAACUGGGUGAAGACCUUUGAAGACAAGCUGCUGCAAAUCCUGGAGCCUGAGAAUGUUGACCUCAGCAAACUCGGUGGCAAGCCUGUCGACCAGGCACUGGAAGAUGAACUCCUGAAAUACAUGAAGCAGGAAGAUGAUUCCAAGUACCGCUGCAAGGCGCCCGAGUGCACAAAGCUCUUCAAGGCUGAGGCUUUUUGGCGCAAGCACAUCGAGAAGCGCCACGCGGAAUGGUUUGAGACUAUCAAGAACGAUCUCCACCUCGUGAAUGCCUAUGUCCUCGAUCCGGCACGCAUCGCCCCAUCCCGAUCUGACGCCAAUAGCAAUGGCCACUUCCCACUCGGAUCUGGCCAAGGCCACAGCGGCACUCCUCGCGGCUUCAGCCUAGCCAGCAUGCCCUACGGCCCCAAUGGCGGCAUGCCAAACUUCCCACCGGGUGGAAUGCCCAUGAUGGGUGCUCACACCGGCGGCUGGAAUGGCCCCGGUAUGGGCCACGAGGGUGGUCUGCACCAGCCUGGACCGAUGCGUCGUGGUCAAAAUCGCAACCACCGGCCUGCCCCCCCUCGUGGCAUGCAGGGCAUGUACGGCCGAAUGCCGCCCUCUGUCACCGUCCCUGCAGGUCACCCUGCUGCUGGAAUGGUUCCUGCCAAUCCUUUCCCCGACUCGGCAGGAUCCAACGGAGGACCCAUGCCUCCCCGCGAAGCCGUUCAGGGCCGUAGCUUGAAGAGCUACGAAGAUCUCGAUGCAGUCGACGGCGCGGGCAGCGGUGAACUGAACUAUUAA